AUGGGUGACGAUUUUGCCGGAUGUUUAGAGGAUAUUGAUCGUCAGCAACGCGGCGAUAAUGAAGAAAAUGGUGAAGAUGAGGACAAUGAGCUUGAAGCAGAUAUGGAGAUGGGAGAUGUUAACCAAAGUGAAGAAGAUAAACUGGACCCCGAAUUAUGGGAUAAGAAUGAUGACAAUGAAAAAGAACUUGCAGACGGUAGCGAAG